AUGUCAUCGGUACCUACCGCCACUUACGGCGCCCCAGAUGUAUCAGAACCUAUAGUUUUUGAGCCUGGCCAGCAGAUCCAUACCACCAAUGGUAGAACAACCCAAAUCUCGGAUAUCGUGUUGAAAGCUGGAGGUGAAGACAGAGACAAGCCAACGGAAGCCAAGGAUACUGCGUUGGGCCAAUUAAGAGCACAAUUGACGACUGUCCAAGAUAAGGUGAACGAGUUUCUCACCGAACGCAUGAAGAAGGAGAAAGAGGAUAAGACCGAUGUCGAAAGGAGAAUCUUGGAUGAUGGAGUUGACGAAGAUGACAGUGACUAG